AUGCUGACAGUUGAACUUCAGUACCUCGUUCUCUCUAGCGGCGACUCUCGAAUCGUAACCAACGAUGUUCCCAAGACUCUUAACCCGGAGUGGAAUGUCACCGAAGAGAUUCCCCUCACAUCUGUCCAGAACUUGGUCCUGGAUGUCAUCUGCUGGGACAAGGACCGCUUUGGAAAAGAUUACAUGGGUGAGUUCGAUCUCGCUCUCGAAGAGAUCUUCAACAACGACAAGGUGGAACAGGAACCUACCUGGUACCGUCUCAAGAGCAAACGUCCCGGCAAGAAGACGAGUGUUGUCUCUGGUGAAGUCCAGUUACAGUUUUCACUCUUUGACUUGACGAACCCGUCAGCGACACCGCAGCAAAUUCUCGAAAAGUUCCAAGCCCUUGUAGGAACCGCCCCCGCUGGCUCUCGAAACGUAACACCCUCGAUGACACCAAACCUGGCGCCCACAGGUUCCCAAUCCGCCCCCAACCCUCAGGAUAGCCCUAGUGACGAUGACGAUGACGAUUUCGAUGACGACGACUCCGAUGAGGGUGACGAGGACGAAGGUGAACAAGAUGCUACCAAACGCAAGCGCCGACUUCGAAUUCGAGGACUGAAGAAGAGGAGACGCAACAACCCUUAUGCCUUUGCCAGCAGUGGCUCUGACGUUGUUGGAAUCAUCUACCUUGAGGUCAUCAAGAUCACAGACCUGCCUCCCGAAUCCAACCUUACACGCACAAGCUUCGAUAUGGACCCUUUCGUUGUGGCAUCCCUCGGCAAGAAGACAUACCGAACUCGACGCAUUCGCCAUGACCUCAACCCCGUCUAUAACGAGAAGAUGCUGUUUCAUAUCCAAAGCCACGAGCAGCAGUACUCUUUCGCUUUUACUGUCAUCGACCACGAUAAAUACUCCGGCAACGAUUUCAUUGCUUCGUGCGAUCUUCCCAUCCACCAAUUGAUCGAGAGAGCCCCCAAAGCAAACCCAGAAACCGGACUCUAUGAUCUCCAAGUCCCUGCACAGGCCGAACCGCUUCCUUCGCGAUCGCGAUUCAAGAAGCUCGCCAUGUCACGAUCCAACUCUUCCUCCAGUAUCAGCAAGAUGAUUCGUCCUCCACUGAGCAAGCACGCCUCCAACACAAGUAUGGCAUCAGCGACUCCCGCCCCUGCUCCCACCUCAGCACCCGAUCCCAACAAGCUGGCACCGGCGGAUGUCCUCGCCAAUACUGGUUCUGAUCCUGAUUCGACCAACAUGGACAGCGGAGAUGCCGACUUUUACGAGUAUAACGUUCCUCUGAAGAUGAAGAACACCGAAAAGUGGGAGAAGAAGCACAACCCCGUUCUUUACCUCCGUGCGAAGUACAUGCCAUAUGAUGCCCUCCGACAACAGUUCUGGCGAGCCAUGCUUCGACAAUAUGAUGCCGAUGAGAGUGGUCGCAUCAGCAGAAUCGAGCUCACAACAAUGCUCGAGUCUUUGGGUUCUACGCUUACCGAGAAUACCAUCGACGGCUUUUUCAAGCGAUUCCCCCACCGUGAUGCUGAUAACGACGAGAAUUGGGAGCUCACGAUGGACGAGUGCGUCAUUUGCCUGGAGGACCAACUGGAAGGACGAAGGCGAUCCUCAGGCACUGCUGCAGAUAAACUCAAGGGUUUGGUGCCUGAUAUGAAGAACCUCCUCCACGUGCCUGGUCAUGGACACAACAACGAUGGCUCAGAGACCCCCAGUGUUCUAGAACUGGACUCGACGUUGGGAACUCAGACUCCUAUCUCAAACGUCCCCACUUUGAAGACACCUGCAGAUGAGGAGGGCGAUCCCCUCGACAAGUCUGACAGCAGUGAUGACCGUUCUGAAGAGCACGUCGUAGAGAUCCGAGAAUGUCCUAUCUGUCACCAGCCGCGACUCAACAAGCGCAAGGAUGCUGACAUCAUCACCCAUAUUGCGACAUGCGCAAGCCAAGACUGGAGGCAAGUCAACAGCGUGCUCGUGGGUGGAUUUGUCACAGCCAGCCAGGCGCAGCGCAAGUGGUACUCGAAAGUCAUUACCAAGAUCUCUUACGGUGGUUACAAGCUGGGUGCCAACUCGGCCAAUAUCCUUGUGCAGGAUCGUCUCACGGGGCAGAUCAACGAGGAGAAGAUGAGUGUUUAUGUAAGACUCGGCAUUCGUCUGCUGUACAAGGGACUUAAAUCUCGAGAUAUGGAGAACAAACGAAGUAAGCAGAGUGUGCUCGCCUGCAAAACCAGCAUUACUGACAAGGCUACAGUCCGAAAACUACUCAAAAAUCUGAGUAUUAAGCAGGGUAAGAAGUUUGACGACCCUGCAUCCAAGGAUGAAAUUGAAAAGUUCAUUGCUUUCCACGGUCUCGACAUGUCGGAAGUUCUGCUGCCGUUGGAGGAGUUCAACAACUUCAACGAGUUCUUCUACCGCGCCCUGAAGCCUGGCGCUCGACCCUGCUCUGCGCCCGACAACCCUCACAUCAUCGUCUCACCAGCCGAUUGUCGGAGCGUCGUCUUCAACUCUAUCACAGUCGCUACCAAGAUUUGGGUCAAGGGUCGUGAAUUUAACAUGAAGAGGCUUCUCGGCGACGCAUACCCUGAGGAUGUGUCUCGAUUUGAGGGCGGAGCUCUGGGCAUCUUCCGACUAGCUCCCCAGGAUUAUCAUCGCUUCCACAUCCCUGUGGACGGUGUCAUGGGCAAGCCCAAGACAAUUGAGGGCGAAUACUACACGGUGAACCCCAUGGCUAUUCGAUCGGCUCUGGACGUUUACGGAGAAAAUGUGAGAGUUCUCGUGCCAAUUGAUAGUGAACAUCACGGACGCGUCAUGGUAAUUUGUGUCGGUGCAAUGAUGGUAGGCAGCACUGUCAUUACUCGCAAGGAGGGCGAGAAAGUCCACCGAGCAGAAGAGCUGGGAUACUUUAAGUUUGGUGGCAGCACGAUUCUGCUGCUUUUUGAACCUGGACGAAUGGUGUUUGACGAUGAUCUUGUCGACAACGGCAAGGAUGCACUUGAAACUCUGGUCCGAGUUGGCAUGUCUGUUGGCCACACGCCUAGUGAGCCACAGUGGACUCCUGACAUGCGAAAGAAGGCGGAGAACAUCACGGAAGCGGACAAGAGAGCUGCCAAGAGACGGAUCCAGGGCAACGUAGCCUUGCAGGAGUCUCCAGAUGGUAGUGGAGAGGAAGAGCAGCCAUCAAGAUUAACAUCCAAGCCCACCAUCGAUACAAUGGCUGCGUCGGCGAUGUAG